GAUUGUACAAGUCAGCUUUUCGGAAAAGAAAAUUUACAAAAUAAUCAGUUGAAAUGUGUGAAUACGAGUUUAAUGAAACUGCAUACACUAAAAUAAUAUUCCAUGCGGCCAAAUACCCACACCAGGCAGUCAAUGGCCUAUUGUUGGCCGAGAAGAAGCCCAAAGGUUCUAUAGUCCAAAUCAUCGAUGCCAUUCCGCUUUUUCAUCAGUGUCUUCAUGUCACACCGAUGGCCGAAGUUGCCCUUAUGCAGAUCGACUCGUAUGCUGACAGUAAUGGUCUGGUGAUUGCCGGGUAUUAUGCUGCUCCGGAGAACUUUUACGACAACCAAAUUGACAAAGCGCCAGCUGCCAAAAUUGCUGACAAGAUACAGGAGAACUUUAAGAACGCAUGUUUUGCCGUAGUCGACAAUAAGCUGAUGUCACUGGAGCACAAUCGGGCCGCCCUGCAGGUGUACGGAUAUUCAAAUGACUCGAGUCGCUGGUCAAAGGCCAAAUUUUGGCUAACACAAUCGUCACAGACACUCGAAGGCGUAUCCUUGCUGUUGAAACGUGGUGCGAUGCGGGAUGUUAUUGAUUUUGAUAACCAUCUAGACAAUCCGGAAUAUGAUUGGACCAAUCAGUUUCUGAAUCAGUCGCUGAGAGAUCUGCAAAAGUUAUACUAAUACCAAUGUGCCACGUUGAGGUGAACAAUUAUGUUAAAAUAUAGCAAAUUUGUAUUUUAAAAUGAAGGAGCAGAGUCGGAAAUUCAACCUUGCAAUUUAAUUUAUUGUUUGUAAUUACAAUUGGAUUUCAGUAAUCUUUAGAAUAAUGCAUAUAAGUUAAAUAACAUUCAACUAAUUAAUAAAUAAUCAAUUCAUUCGUA